GGGAGCGCGGAAGUAUUCGACUAUUGAUUCCGAGCUAAUAUGACCACGAGAGUCAUCAAAGUUCAAAGCUAGUUCAAAACUAAACGCAACCAGUGUAUAAUAUUUUGUGCGGAAGUUCGAAAAAUUGUGUGUUCUUACUCAGACUGACGGCAAACAAGAAAAACGAUGAGUUCGGACAGCAAAGAACCGCUCACGGAACCAUCGAGCAAUAAUAACAUCGUUGUAAGACCAGCAGAAACAACCACCGGCGGUAUCGCGGGGGCCUAUCGAAAAAGUAGCAAUGUCUAUGGUUAUACAUCAACGGUGAUGUGCGGAAAGUACACUCGUGAUCUUGGGAGGUAUGCCAAACUGGAAGCUCAAAAGAUCAAGGGCUGGCAACGUAAAAGUAUGGAUGAACCGUGGCGUAGGGAACUUUAUUACAUGCACUCAAAUGGGUUAUGCAAUUGGUUAGCAAAACUUUGGCGAAAUACUUUUGGACGGUUCGGAGAUGAGUGGAUGCUGAUGGUAGUACUGGGUUUACUAACAGCCAUCAUUUCAUUCGGAAUGGAUAAAGUUGUGUGGUUUAUACAUAAUAAUCGCAUCAAGGUGUUUCGCAUGGUGCCAGAAAAUGGAUUCCUGCAAUUCCUAACAUGGGUUUCAAUACCAGUGUUGUUAAUUAUGCUAGCUUCUGGUUUCGUACAAGCAGUUUCACCCCAAGCUAUCGGUUCUGGGUUCACAGAAAUUCGCGCCAUCCUGCGGGGGGUCGUCAUCAAAGGUUAUCUCAACUUUAGUACUCUAGUCGCAAAAAUAUUCGGCCUGUCGCUAGUGCUCGGGUCGGGAAUGCCCCUGGGAAAGGAAGGUCCAUUCGUGCACAUUUCCAGUAUCCUGUCGCAGUUGUUCGGUAAAGUGAUGACCUCAAUCGGAGUAGGUCCGGAUAGUGACGCGCACACUAUCGAUCUACUGGCCGCAGCGUCGGCCGUCGGAAUUGGUGCCUGCUUUGCAUCGCCCGUAGGAGGGGUUUUGUUCAGUAUUGAAGCUACCGCUCCAUACUUCGCUGUGCGGAAUUAUUGGCGCGGGUUUUUGGGGGCUGUGUUUGGGACGCUACUGUACCGGCUACUGUUCGUGUGGAGUCAUGCGGAAAACACCAUUACGGCACUGUACGAAACCAAUUUUGUACGGGAUGUGCCGUUCUGUCCACAGGAACUAUUCGUCUUUGGAUUAUUCGGAGUUAUUUGCGGAGUACUGGGGGCUCUUUUUGUGUGGAUUCUGAAAGUUUACACCUUGUGGAUGAAGUCGACCCGUAUUCAUAAAUACCUGCAAAAAACCCGUCUACUAUAUCCGGCAAUCAUUUCGUUCAUCAUCGCCACGCUGCAGUACCCGAACGGCAUCGGCCGUUACACGGCUGGGGUACUAAACAGCCACGAGCACUUCCACCACUUGUUCUCUAACUUUACCUGGAGCAGGGAGGAUCUGGAUCCCAAAGAGGCGGACAUGCUCUCGCAUUGGACAACACCUCAUACGAGUGCUAUUGUUCAUCUUUCUAUUUUUCUAGCCUUCUCGUAUUUCUUCAGCAUAAUUGGAUCAACAAUGCCCAUACCAUGCGGAAUGUUUGUUCCGCUGUUCAAAAUUGGGGCAGCGUUGGGUCGUUUAGUUGGCGAAGCAAUGCACGUGUGGCUGCCUAAUGGCUUACCGUAUGGUGCCGGAUUGUUGGCCCCGAUUAUCCCGGGAGGAUAUGCCGUCGUUGGUGCAGCAGCUUUCGCCGGAGCGGUCACACAUACGGUAUCCAUCUGCGCAAUCGUAUUCGAAAUUACGGGCCAGGUUAAGUAUCUUGGUCCGAUAAUUGUGGCUGCCUUGGUUGCUAAUGUCGUAGCUCGUAAGCUCCAGCCUUCGAUGUAUGACAUGUUGGCCGAUAUCAAACAUUUACCUCACUUGCCGGACGUUUCGCCUUCGUACGAAAUGGAUAUGUACAAUGUCUACGUGCAGAAUUUUAUGGUCGCUGAUGUGCUGUACAUUUGGAAAGGAAUUACCUAUCGGGAGCUUGCUGACUUACUAGAAGAGAGCAAAAAUUAUAAAAGUCUACCACUUGUGCGUGAUCCCGAAGAGCCUGUUCUUUUGGGUAGUAUAGAUCGUGAUCAUCUGCUGCAACUGAUGGAUAAGCACUUGGGCAGAGCGACGCGACAGGAAGCAGCAGCAAAGCGGUGGCUAGAGGAACAGGAACAAAAAAAUCGGCGGCCGUCCGUCUUCGAAAUUUUCCCUGAGUCGGCUGAGGAUAGUGACGCGAAAGAUGACAGACCACCCUUCAAACGUUUCCUAUCCAAUCCAUCCAGCAGCGAUGAAUCUCAGCAAGCAUCGAAAUCAGAGGGCAAGUCCUGCAGUUUUAGGAACCUGUUCAAAAAGAACACUGCAUCCCUACCGAAAUUAGAGCUUGAUGUGGAGAUUGGUCCAAAAAACACUAGUAACACAGUGUUCAUGACGCCGGAUAGGCAUUUCGAUUUUACACCAGAGGAACGCACCCGUUGGGAAGAGCAGGAAAUGGCCAAGACAAUCGAUUUACACCAACUGCUGCAGAUCGAUCCGGCCCCGGUUCAACUGGUAGAGAACACUUCGAUCUUUAAGGUGCAUCGGAUGUUCUCUAUUCUGGGAAUCGAUACCGCAUAUGUUACCAACUUCGGCUGUCUGGUGGGCGUGGUUGGCCUUAGGGAGCUUCGAGCAGCCAUCGAUGUCAUCAACAAAGGUUCCACCGCCAUGUAUGCGCUUCAGGAGAAACGCGGGGAGGAAGCCAGUUUACUGCUGCGCAGUAGAAAGACCUCUUCCUUGGCUCCCAGUUUAUCCAAAAAACGGAACAGCAAAAAGUUCAGUGCCCCUGGCCUAGCGGUGGAUUUGCCCUUGGCUUACGUGGAUGAGGAUGUUGAGAAAUUCAACGGUAAUACCGAGCAUUCUCAGUGA